ACGUGUUCUUCAUUCCUCUCUAGCUGUGCUUUUGCGCUAUUCACAAGCAUCUAGAUUUUUUUUUUUUUUUGCGUUGACUUCUAAUCUGGGUUCCAGCUGUGGUGGAGUGUGGGACUGGAAAAAGGGUAUUUUGAGUUUUGGAGAAGUCUCCUGUUGUUGAUCUUGAUUCGUUGGUUGGUGUUUUUUUUUUUUGCCUGAAGCUUUUCUGUGUUUUACUUUAAUGGUCUGUAAAUGGGUUCUCUGGAAAGCGGGGUUCCGGUGAAGAGAGACCCUCUUCUUCGCUCUUGAUCGAACUAAGGCUAGCUUUUUCAGAGACCCAUUUUGAGAUUUUCAAGGUUUCUGUUCUUCAGGAAGCUGCUAGAUUUACUCCAAUGGGUGUGCACAGUGGCGAUGUUCUGCUUCUUUGUGGUUCUAGUCCAUGUGGUUUUGCCGGGUUUGAUAAUGGAAAAAUCAGGGGAUUCAUUGAAAAAUAUGGAGAAUAGUUAUGGGGAUUUGAGUUUUAUCAAGAAAUUGGUGGGUUUGAUUUUGGGGAAGGUAUUAGAUUUGAGCCGUCAAAGCUUCUUUAGAAGUUUCAGAAAGAGGCUAAUGAGAUGAAUCUCUCUUCCGCUUCAAGGCUUGCUCUGGUUGAUUCUUUCUAGUCUGAAAAUUUUUUACUUCUCAUGGACACAAUGGUAAUGGCAAUGGCGUUUAAGAUGCUUUCUCUUUUGCUCCUCUGCGGAUUCUUCUUUUCCAACUCCUUUGUCAUCGAAGAAGCCAACAUCCAGGACAUCCAAUGGGCAUUCUCUCAAAACAAGCUCACCUCCAGACAGCUCGUUGACUUCUACCUGCACCAGAUCGAGGCCCUAAAUCCGGAGCUUCGCAGCGUGAUAGAGGUGAACCUAGAUGCACGAGAGCAAGCGGACAAGGCCGAUGCAGAAAUUAAAAGCAAGAAGGAGUUGGGGGAGUUGCAUGGCAUACCAGUGUUGCUGAAGGACAGUAUAAAUACUAAAGAUAAAUUGAAUACAACUGCUGGGUCAUAUGCAUUAUUGGGGGCGGAGGUGAGUGGAGAUGCGGCGGUGGUGGAGAGGCUGAGGAAGGCGGGGGCGGUGAUACUGGGAAAGGCUAGUAUGAGUGAGUGGUAUCAGUUUCGUUCUUUGAAAACUCGAAACGGCUGGUGUCCAAGGAGUGGACAGGGUGUGAAUCCAUAUGUAGCAUCGGGAGAGCCAUGCGGGUCAAGCAGCGGAUCUGCAGUAUCUGUAGCGGCCAACAUGGUGGCUGUCUCGCUUGGGACGGAGACUGAUGGUUCCAUCAUCUGCCCAGCUGAUGUGAACUCCGUUGUUGGGUUUAAACCCACUGUUGGACUCACCAGUCGGGCAGGUGUCAUCCCAAUUUCACCCCGACAAGACAGUGUCGGACCUAUAUGCAGGAGUGUGCUGGAUGCGGUUUAUGUGCUUGAUGCUAUAGUGGGUUUUGAUCCUAGAGACAGUGAGGCAACAAAAGAAGCAUCCAAGUUCAUACCUGUUGGUGGCUACAAACGAUUUCUCAACAAAGAUGGGCUCGCAGGAAAGAGAUUGGGUGUUGUGAGGAAUCCAUUUUCUGGAUUUUACAACCGAUCCACAGCUAUUUCAGCCUUUGAGGCUCAUCUCACCGUAUUAAGGCAAAGAGGUGCAAUUUUAGUGGACAAUUUGGAAAUAGAAAAUGUUGAUAUCAUAUUGAACCCCUAUGAAAGUGGUGAAUUAACGGCCUUGUUGGCUGAGUUCAAGCUCAACAUAAAUGAAUACCUGAAAGAGCUCACCAAUUCUCCAGUGAGGUCCCUAGCAGACAUAAUUGCCUUCAACUUGAACAACUCUGAUCUGGAAAAGACUGAUGAAAAUGGCCAGGAAGUCUUUAUCGCAGCAGAGAUGACAAAUGGGAUUGGGAAGCAAGAGAGGAUGGCAAUGGAGAUGAUGGCAAAUCUGUCUCGUGAUGGGUUUGAGAAGCUGAUGAUGGAGAACGAGCUCGAUGCAACGGUGACACUGGGUUCAGGCAUGGCCACUGUACUGGCCAUUGGAGGUUACCCCGGAGUUAGUGUUCCAGCUGGGUAUGAUGGAGAUGGAAUGCCCUUUGGCAUAUGUUUUGGAGGACUGAAGGGGAUGGAGCCAAAGCUUAUUGAAGUUGCUUACGGAUUUGAACAAGCCACAAAGAUUCGGAGACCUCCCGCUUCCCCUAAGAACUUAUUGUGUCCUUAUGAGCCAUUGUAAGAGUUGGAAUUUGUUUUCUGCAAUAACAGUGUUUAAAUAUGUAUAAAUAAAUAAUUAAAAAUUUUUGAA